GGAACAGCCACCGGAGUGAAAUCAACCCAUGGUCCGAUCAUUCCUCGCUGCCUUCGUCGUCGUCCUUGCCGCCGCCAACACCGCUAUGGCCGAGAUGACGUCUCAAUGCAAACCGAACGAAGUACUUUGUGUGAACACUGCAGGCACGGCAGGCCUAUGCUACAUUCCCCAGGACCGGUGGGAAUGUUGCGACGGCCUGUUGCACUACAUGGGCCCGGGUGCCCUCGACGAGUGCUGCUACAACCCCUCUCUCAAGAAGACGUAUCUGGCCAACUUUACGGCUGGUGGAUGUCUUGAAUUCAAACGAACGCCUGAACCCAAGCCUGUGGUGGUCCCAACCACCACCGCCGCCACGGCGGCAGCACCAGUCUCAUCGUCGUCGAACUUUGCUGGUCUGAGUGUUACCAACUGGAUCCUUAUCGGAGCGGGGGUGCUGGUCAUCGUCGGCGCAGUAGCUUUCUUCAUCUUCCAGAAAAAGCAGAAAAAGCACGCGACCGAUGCCACAGGGACCGAGAUCUGCAUCUUGGAAUCAAAGGACACCAAGCCCAAAGAAAUUAUGCUCUUCAACUAGCACCCACUCGUCGCCUUGGUCUGUAGUCAUAAUCUUUUUUAAAGCUAAUAACAUUUACCAUUUGUAAAACGA